CCGAGCGGAGGACGCGGCCGCUUGGGCCGAGGAGCUCGCCGCCGUGCUCGGCGGCGACGACGGCGGCGACCCCUCCGCAGACCAGGGCGCCGCGCCGUCAGGGGGGCCGUCGCCUUUGCGGGCGCUCGCCGCGGACGUUGCGGAGCUCGGGCAGCUGGGCCUCGCCGAGCCACGGCGCGUGGCGAAGCGUCGCCGCCUGAGCGCUGCGGCGCGGGAGGCCUUGGCGUCGGUUGCGCUUCCCGAGGCGGCUGCGCCUGCUGAGCCCGACGUCCGCCGAGGCGCCGCGAGGGCUCGGGAGGCCAAGGCGGCCAAGGCAGAUCCUGUGCGAGAGGAUGCCGCGCUGGCCAUCCAGCUUCGGAGGGAGUCGAAGCAGGUCCCAGCCGACGUGGUCGAGAUCGCUCGGCUCCCGACGCAGAGUCGACCCCGCUCGUGGCCUUUGACGCAGCCUAUUCAGGAAAUGCUUGCUCGAUCUUCGCGCUUGGACACGGGUUUGCACGCCGACUCAGUUGUCGUCAAGGUUGCCAAUCAUUUUUUUGAUCGUGGGAGCGGCAUUGUGUUGACAAAGCAGGCAUUCAGCAAUAUUUUAGGCGUGGACGCUCGUAGGAUUGGCCCUUCAGUUAUCACAUUGGCUGAGAUUCUCCUGUACGCCGAUCGGCUGGCUCGAUCAACUCUCGAGACGCGAUUGGCACUGCUCGUUGAUAAAGAUCGCCUUUUGGAUAUGAUCGAGUUUGACAGGCAGGAUGAGACCCCAAUGGCAGUUACUCGGCAUGCUUGGCACACCGCUCAGAAUUCAGCACAACAGACAGCGCUGGCUGUCGCGUCGCGAAGCCAUUUGUUCUUGUCCCACCUGGAGAGGGCUCUCAGUUGUAUUUCUCGGGCGCGUCGGACCAUGUCGAAGAUCCUACAGGCCGAAUCGUGUUACGCAUACCGUUUCGUGGGGAGUGCUGGCUCGCCAAUCACGAUCGUUGGCCACUGCGUGAACCCGCUCCAGCUGGUUGACCGCACAACUGGCGAGUGUUUGAGGACGGCCUGGCGACAUCGUGCAUCCAUAAAGUCAGAAGGGUACUUGAAGUUUCAAAUGCACACAAGGAACACGUGUGCUGACGGCGCUGGCAGUAACGAUCGUUGCGAACGAGCCCUUCUUUCAGAUUUCGGCGACGACUGGCAGCGGUUACACUUUAAGUGCGACAUCCACGCUGCUGUAAACAACUGCCACGACUCCAUGUUUGUGUGCGACGAUUUCAUGAAGUCUCAGAGGCGAUGGGCAUCGAGCAUCAAUUUCGGCACUGGUCUCACGAUGUAUGGCGAAGCUUUGGAGGAGCUUGUGUUCGAGCGCAUUGACCUGCGAUACGGUGAGCCUCCAGACGAGUUCAGAGCUUACCGCAACUACGUCACGUGCAUCUGCAUGCAGAAUGUUCCGAACCAGGUCGAGAUGCUCCUUGCAAGCAGGACCCUGCCAAAUGGCAAUUGGCGCAACCAUCAGAAGGUCGAGGUGUACGUUCCGUUGGGUACCAGGGCCGACCCGCGAGCGAUUGCAUCAGCAGUUGCAUGGAGUUUGAAACGGGUUUUUGCUGGCACGUUGUUCACCAAGCACGUCAAGUCUAAAUGGAAGGGCAUCGCCAAGGCGUUGUCCCAGUUCGUGUUGCCAUUUGCCUGUUGCGGCCUCGGGGCCCCAGCGUAUCGGCGUUUUGCUGAGCGGGCUCGGGCCAUCAACGACCGUAUCAUCGGGAAGGGUGGCGGCGCUGCUGCAGCUGGCGGCGGUGUUGAUCCUGCGCUGGCCAUCGAGGACGGCGGCGGCGGCGGGGAGGGCGGCGGCUCGGCGCUCGGCGGCUGCGCCCCUGGAGGCUUUCAGGGCGGUGGCGGCGAUUCAGCGAGCAUGGCCGAGCAGGAGCGAUCGUUCAGAGCUGAAAACAACAAAGACAUUGCUAUUGGCUUGGCUUUAUCGCAGUCGAAACCUACCAGUAGAACGCUGAUCAUUAUACAAGUCGCUCUGGCCCACGAGAUGUACUUAGACCAGCUUCUCGACCAGGGUUCCGUGGAUUGGGAGACGGCCCAGCGCGCGUCGCAGGCCCGCGCUCUUCUGUCCCCAUCGGCGCAGGGCCGCCCCAGAGCCGCGAGGAGCUUCGAGUUGCUCGAGGCCGUCAAGGACGGGGCCGCUGCAUCUUUCUUGACCGACCUCCAUACGAUGAUGCGUUCCGCUACUCAUUGGGACGUAUUGGUCGAUGACGCCGACAAGACUUUGGAGUACAGGGCGUUCACUUUUAAGCUGCUAUCUGCGAGCCUGUGUACUUCAGAAAGGACGGCGUGUUUGCGGCAUAAGGUCGAACCAGCUGCAACGUUCCGAUGUUUGUUCAGUGAUGCAGACGCUGAGGCCGUGAAGAGCAAGCCGCCGUGCUUGCGCGACCCAUGGAGCAAGAGGUUCGUAGAGAAGUUCGCCGAUGAGCCAGGAGGGUUGCGAUGCGAACAGGCGCAGGCGGCUUUGCGAUUCCAGUGCAGGGUCGCCAGGCGCCACAUGGCGAAUAUUGAAUGCUGGCACGCGUCGCUGCGGAGGCGCCUACUCAUGCGAGGAGUUCAAUGUACUGGACAGGCUUUCGCCGAGGUCAACGCCGAAGCUGUUUGCGAUCGCGUGCAUGCCCGCGUUGCCCACCAUGAUGUAGUUGCGACGCUGGGCAAGAUGUCUGCCGUCGGCAUGUGCGACGGGUCCGCCGAGCCCGACGGUGACGGCAGUGCACUGAGAGAUCGCGGGUAUUCUGGCCCUUGGCAUGCUUACGUUCGCCACCGCACUUUCGGGACAACAGGGAGAUGCGACUUGUCGCAGCUGGCCGUCGACUACAACGCGCUCGAUCGGGACGAGAAGCAGUUUUACAUUGACAUGGCGAAGGGCGCCAAGAACCAGUUGACGAAAUUGCGGCCAGGCGAGGGUGCAUUUGGCUUCAGGUCGAGGGACCUCCUGCGCCAGCAGCGCGUAGCUUCACGUGCAGCGGCGCCCGAUGCUGUUCGGCCUUGCCAGGGCGGUGCAGAUCAAGAACCUAUGUCUCGGCGGCGGGCUGCGUACGGGGCAGUGUCGGCAGUUGCGCGCCGCUCGGCCAACCGCAGUUUACACGAGCUGGUGAUGGCUGCGAAGGCGGAGCAGCGGCGCUUGAUGCAACUUUCGGGCAGAACUCGUGCUGCCGACAGGCAGGCAUUGCGGGAGUGGGCAAGCACCAAGGGCUUCGCUUUGUUGGAGGAGGUCGUUUCCCAGAAUCCAGUGUUGCAGCCUUUCAAGGAGUUCUUGUACCCCGUACCCGAUGUAGAUGACAUCGUUUUCGAGCUGAUCCCACAGGCGAAGAGCGCUGUGAAGGUUGCUGUGGCUUCGGAGCUUUUGGCGCCUACGUCCAACCUUGGGCGCGCCAUGCAGGCGGACUUCGACGCCAUGUCCACGCCCAUCCUGCACGAGCUGUCGGAGCCGAUCUUGGCCGACGAGAAGAAGAAGAAGGGUGGCCCUCCACCUUGCCACGAGGUUGGCAUCUGCUUGUGCUGCGAUGAGGGCGAGCUCAUUUGGAAAAUGAGGAAUCGGUACCUUGCAAAGCUGAAGGCCUUUUGCAAGAACGACCCCAUGAAGAACAUGCUUCGACAUCAAGAUCUCGUCGUCUACUUCUACGGUCAUCGGCAACAUGUGUUAUCGGAGAUGGACGGUGGUUGGGGCGACGAGCUCGCCGAACUCCUUGGCGACGAAGAGGCGGGAGAUGUCCGCCAGGAGUUGUGGCUCCACGUCGGCGCGCACUCCAUGAGCCCGUACCGCUCGAGCUUCCUGUCCCUGUGCAUCGACGAGGAUUCUGACAGGGCCCAGGUCGUGGACCGCGAGAUCAUGCUUAAGGCAACGGAUACCGUGUGGUUCGAUUACUAUUUGUUCAAAGAGAUGGACCCGUCCAUGGAGUGGUCUAUGCAAUUGUACGCCAUCGUUGAUGAUCCGAUCCACAUCGGUACUUUUAUCCCUGGUCAGGUGUCAGUUCGAGAGAUCAACGGGUGCUCAGACCUCACGGUGUUCUGGGUGCCUCCACCUGUCGCGCGCCGAGGUGGUGGACGUCGGAGGGCAGAGUGCGAGCCGAUCGAGUUCGAUGAGGCUUACCACGCCUUGGACGACGCCGAGGAGGACCCCGAUGACGAGCCCGACGUGGACCUGGAGGGGCCCGACGGCGACGACGUCCAGGGUGUCGAUGUUGGUGACGCGUCCGACAGCGACUUGGGCCUGGUCGACGACGAGGGGUUGGGCGAGCCGCUCGCGGAGGGCGGCCUUGUCGGCGACGUGGAGGUUGACGAUGGCCCCCCCGAGCCUCCUGGGGUCGUCAAGGUGAGUCUUCCAGGUGGCGCCAUCAGGUACUAUCCUCCGACAGAGACCCAGAAGGCCCGAUUCGAAGCCACAUGCAGCCGUGACCAUUAUAUCAAGGGCAAGGAACGCCCGUGCAGGAUCACGCGAUAUUUUAUCGAUCCAUAA